AUGAGUCCCAUUGAGCUAACUUCAGCAUGGUCUAAGCCUAAAAUAUUUCCCAGCUUAGAAGAAACUAGUUUACAUAUAAAAUUAACCCUACCUCUUUCAGUGUGUACUGAGAGCUGCCUCCCUGGUUACUUCAGGAGAAAGCAGGAGGGGAAGCCGUUUUGCUGCUAUGAUUGUCUUCCAUGUCCCAAAAGGAAAAUUUCAAGAGAGAAGGACAUGCAUGAUUGUUCUGAGUGCCCAGAAGAUCAAUAUCCAAAUAAGGACCAAGAGUCAUGUCUUCCCAAGAAAAUAUCUUUCUUAUCCUAUGAAGAACCGACUGGAAUAACUCUAGUCAUUCUGGCACUUUUUCUCUCUCUCUGCACAGUAGUGGUGCUGGCAACAUUUUUGAAGUAUCACAAUACUCCCAUUGUCAAGGCCAAUAACAGAAGCCUCACCUACGUCCUACUCCUCUCCCUCCUCCUCUGCUUCCUUUGCUCGCUGCAGUUCCUCGUUGCACCUGGCAAUAUAAUAUGUCUCCUCCGACAAAUCAGUUUUGGCAUCAUCUUCUCAGUGGCUGUGUCUUCAGUGCUGGCAAAAACCAUCACUGUGGUUCUGGCUUUCAUGGCCACCAAGCCAGGAUCCAGGAUGAGGAAGUGGCUGGGAAGAGGACUGGCCAUCUCCAUUGUUCUUUCUUGUUCCCUGAUUCAAGCAGGCAUCUGCACAGUGUGGGUCUUCACAUUUCCUCCUUUCCCUGAUGUUGACACCCAUUCAGAAAUUGAGGACAUCAUCCUGCAGUGCAAUGAAGGCUCAGCUACCAUGUUCUACUGUGUCCUGGGCUACAUGGGCUUUCUGGCAGCUGCCAGUUUCACAGUAGCUUUCUUCUCCAGGAAGCUCCCCAGCAGUUUCAAUGAGGCCAAAUGUCUCACGUUCAGCAUGCUGAUCUUUUGCAGCGUGUGGCUCUCCUUUGUUCCAUCCUACCUGAGCACCAAAGGGAAAUACAUGGUGGCUGUGGAGGUUUUCUCCAUUUUGGCCUCUAGUGCUGGGUUGUUAGGCUGCAUAUAUUUCCCCAAAUGUUACAUAAUCCUUGUUAGGCCAGAAGUAAACAAUAGAGAACAACUUAUCAAGAGAAAACAUUAG